AUGGGGCCCGAUGAUCUUCACGCAGACCUCACUCCGCCUGGUGAGUACCAUCCCCACGUGCCCCGUGAUGCCCCACUUCCAACCACGCAGCCAGCCUCCCACCCCAAGCCAUGGCUGGAGGCUCUGCCCCGUACCAUCGUGACUCCCGGAAUCAAUGUGACCUUGAGGUGCCGGGCUCCCCAACCUGCCUGGAGGUUUGCGCUCUUCAAGGAUGGAGAGAUCACCCCACGGAGACUCCGGGAUGUGGCCGAGGAGGUGGCGGAGUUCUUUCUGGAGGAGGUGACCCCCGCCCAGGGAGGCAGGUACCACUGUUGCUACAGGAGACAAGGGUGGGGACCAGGGAUCUGGUCCUUACCCAGUGAUGUCCUGGAGCUGCUGGUGACAGACUCGCUGCCCAAGCCCACGCUGCUGGCGCUGCCGGGCCCGGUGGUGGCGCGCGGCGCGAACGUGAGCCUGCGCUGCGCGGCGCGCGUGGGCGGCAUGAGCUUCGCGCUGUACCGCGCGGGCGAGGCGGCGCCCCUGCAGUACCGCGACGGCGCGCAGCCCUGGGCCGACUUCCCGCUGACCGCCGCCCGCGCGCCCGGCACCUACAGCUGCUACUACCACACGCCCUCCGCGCCCUACGUGCUGUCCCUGCGCAGCGAGCCACUGGUGGUGAGCUGGGAAGGCGAUCUGUCCUCGGACUAUACUCGGGGGAACCUCAUCCGCCUGGGGCUGGCCGGCCUCGUCCUCAUCUGUCUCUGCGCCUUGGUGGCUUUUGACUGUGGCAGCAGGAACAAUGGCCCCGGUGGCCCCCGGCCCUGA